AUGGCGACGCGGCAGUCAGCCCCUACAGCUGCCAAAGUGGGCACCCAAAGCCCAAGAUCUCCUACAAGACAAAGUAUUGACAUCCUGAAGUAUAUCAUCUAUGGCCUUGCAGCUGGAUUCUUUGUAUUCGGAAUCCUGUUGCUGGUAGAGGGUUUUUUCACCACUGGAGCAAUUAGGGAUCUCUAUGGAGAGUUCAAGAUUACUGCCUGCGGACGCUGCUUGACUGCACUCCUCAUGUUCCUGACCUACCUGUUCUUCCUGGUGUGGCUGGGCGUGACAGCGUUCACCAGCCUCCCAGUCUUCAUGUACUUCAACAUUUGGUCCAUGUGUCAGAACACCAGCUUGCUGGAGGGAGCCAACCUCUGCCUGGACCUGCGUCAGUUCG